UCUUACCAAACACUUUUAAGGAGGAUUUAUUAAAUUUGAAUUUACAGGAUCCCCUCAAGCUAGCAGGGCUUUAUCUCAUGGCCACUUCAAAACAGAUCAACGUGCCGCCUACUUCUGCUAACCCACGCCAGCCACUGCCGCACCACCUCACUGAAGCGGACGAAGAGGACGAGAACGUGAAGCAGCUAAAUGAAUGCUCUAAUCUGUACUUAGCCCUACAGGAAUGCCUCAACCGUUCCAACCGUAACUGGAAAUCCUGCCAACCUGAAGUUCUGGCACUAAAAGCCUGUUACUCAAGGAAAAGCGAAGGCGGAGGGAACUGAAAGUUCGAGCAUACAACUAUUUUUGCCGCCACAAAGAUUGUUCUUGAGGCAUAUCAUGCCUUCUUUAAUUAUGUCACCAGUCUGAUAAUUGAAUGAUGUUGACGGAGAUGCACUUUCCGUAAAUCAUUUCUAAAUUAAAUGAACUAUUAAAAGUUCAUAUCAACUCGUCUAUUCACGAAAAAUAUCUCGUUAAAGCUGCAGUAACGUUUAUUGUGUAAAUAAAUGACUAGAGAUGGAACUUGAACUCAAGGCUUCUUUACCUAGCGGCCAAGUUAUCAAUAAGCUAGUUUUUGUUUUGUUUGA